AUGUGGUGCCUAUUCGAGGCACACACGGAGGCCAAUGUCGGGCGCGGGGCCACCGUGCGCUUCCGUGGCUACACCCAAGCAGUCAGCCAGCACUUCGUAAAGCGGAAUGCAGGCAAGAGCCUGAAGGUCGGCGCCCGGGCUCUCAAGAAGACCCAUUGGCAUUUCGUCAGCGCGGGCAGUGUCAUGCAGGCGAUGUACAGGAUGCUCCACCUUGGGACUCCACACAAGAUCACGCAGAAGCAGUUCGAUGAGGCGGCGCUCCAGACUGGGUGCAAGGGCCUGACUGCCUUUGCGGCCCUGCCGUACACGCUGAGGUUGCUCAAAGACAUCAAGCCAGCAGACCCAGAUGCCAAGCUGGUCAUGUCUCGUGAAGCACGCCAGCGGGUCGCGGCCCGCGGCCAGUUCCUGGUCGUGACUUCGGACUUCGGGCGGCGGUACAAAUGCAUCAUGCAGUACCGCAAGAGCUACCGCAUGGAGGACUGGCUGCACUUCGUUGAGACGUUCUCCAGCUACAUCUUCAAGGGGGACGUGCUGCCCGAGGCCUUGCGGGCCCUGUGUUGGAGCCUGUGCAGCACGGUCACACACUACUUCUGGCCGCGGCCCCCCGACGAGACCCGUGAGCAGUUCCUGGUGGCAGCCAAGGCGGCUGCAUGCAAGCUCAGAGCUUACACGACCAGGCUGGAGGAGUUGGAGGUGCCGGGCUACAUGUUCACGGUCAACCUGCAUAUCUGCGUAUGCCGGCUGUACGACCAGGAGUGCCAGCUUGGGUCCGCGGCAGGGUUCUCCGACCUGCCGGUGGAACGCAUGAUGCAGCAAAUGAAGACGCAAGGCGGAAGGAUGGUGUCACAGGCACCCGAGAAGCACUACGCGCAGUGGCUGUGCCUGAUGCAGGCCUCCGAGUCGCUCACCGAGGCAGACCCCGCGACCAGGGCCAAACACACGACCAACCAGCAGCUUGAGAGGAUGUUGGCACGGCGCGCAGUGAACACCGAGGCUGCCUGGUUUGAUAAACCAGGAGCCAACGGUUACCUGCUUGGACGAGGCCACAUGGUCUACCCGAGUCCAGAACGAGUGGCACAAGUCCAGGCAGCCAUGGCGAGCCUAGUGCACUGGUAUGCCCUGGCAUUCGAGGAUGUGGCUUCCUGGACAUUGGGUCCCAAAGAUGGCGCUCAGGAUGUCCGCUUCACUGUCGCAGAUGUGUACUCGGGACAGGUGUUCAGCGGGGGGCUGGUGGUGGUCAACAUGGCGGCCGCCCAGACAGUGAGGGCAGGCAGCCAGUGGGAGAUGUGGCAGGACCUAGGGCUGCCGCUAAGCCACCUGAUUUGCCGCCUUAAGGCAAGCUUGUGUAUGGCCCUCUACAAGACGGGGGGCCCGCAGCUUGAGAGGAUGUUGGCACGGCGCGCAGUGAACACCGAGGCUGCCUGGUUUGAUAAACCAGGAGCCAACGGUUACCUGCUUGGACGAGGCCACAUGGUCUACCCGAGUCCAGAACGAGUGGCACAAGUCCAGGCAGCCAUGGCGAGCCUAGUGCACUGGUAUGCCCUGGCAUUCGAGGAUGUGGCUUCCUGGACAUUGGGUCCCAAAGAUGGCGCUCAGGAUGUCCGCUUCACUGUCGCAGAUGUGUACUCGGGACAGGUGUUCAGCGGGGGGCUGGUGGUGGUCAACAUGGCGGCCGCCCAGACAGUGAGGGCAGGCAGCCAGUGGGAGAUGUGGCAGGACCUAGGGCUGCCGCUAAGCCACCUGAUUUGCCGCCUUAAGGCAAGCUUGUGUAUGGCCCUCUACAAGACGGGGGGCCCGGAGGGCCUGGCCAUCGGCGGGCCCGCGCCUGGCAAGGCGACCGCCACCAGCAACUUCAUGACGCAGUUUCAGAAGAAGGUCUUGGACAAGAUCCUGCGACCGUCGACUAUCACUGCAGACCACGGUGCUGUGGCAGCCGCAGUGGGAGCUGAGGCAGUGGAUACUGCGGCUAACGACGGUGAUGGUGCAGCAGCGAGAGCAGCCACUGGGGACCACGAAGAGGCGGUGGGUGGCGGAGAGGCUGCUGCCAUGGGCAUGCAUGCCGUGGAUGGUGGCACGGGUGGCGGCCGCACAGCAGGCGUCGCAGCAGCAGCAACCGCAGGGGGGGACACCGGCACGGGUCCCAGGCAGGGCGAGGCGGGCGUUGCCCAGGACGAGGAUACCACCAACUACGAUGCGUUCAAGGAGUGGGUCGGCGAGGUGCCAAGAGCGGCUAAGGGCGCAGCUGGCAAGCGCAGGCGGGGUGGCGGUGAUGACGACGACCUGGGUGCGAGGUCGGGGCGCAAGGUUGGAAAUAAACGGCAGAAGGGGAACAAGGGUGCAGGCCGGGGCAGGGGUGCAAGCAAGGGGACCACCAGAG